CCGCUUCCACCAGGAUCGCCACAGCCUCCUCCACCAUACCUGAAAGACAAUGUCAACAAUUUCUUUGGAAGCGCGCCUGAUAAAGGCUCAAUGACUGGCCCAAUAACUGGACCACUGAGCUACGCCGCCCUGGAUCAGAUCCAUCAUAAUUCUACCGUUCAAGAACGUCAAGCAGGCGGUGAUGGCUACUGGUUAUCGACCCUCGGCAGCCUUGGUGAAAUGCCACUGGCGCCUUCAGGCUACCAGUUCUUCCGCAAUGUCAAGCUUUUCGGCGCUGUAGGCGACGGUGUUACAGACGACACUGCUGCCAUUAAUCGUGCGGCAUCAGCUUUUAGCUCCACCAACUUGACUAUUGGACGCUGUGGCGCCAAUUGUGGCUCAAGUACCACACUUGGAGCCGUUGUCUACUUUCCACCGGGAACUUAUCUCAUUAGCACACCUAUCGUUCAGUACUACUACACACAGUUCGUGGGCAAUGCUUACAACAUUCCAACCAUCAAAGGAAGUUUCAACUUCACUGGGAUUGCACUGUUCGACUCAGACUUUUACAUCCCAGGCGGCAACUCCGCGGAAUGGUAUAUCAACCAGAGCAACUUUUAUCGACAGAUCCGUAACUUCAACUUUGAUAUGACUGGUAUGAAUUGGACCAACACAGAUAAUGAUCAGACUUAUUUCCCUACUGGUAUCCAUUGGCAAGUAGGACAAGCGACUAGUAUCACUAAUUGUAAUUUUAAUAUGGCGGUGUCCUCCGGAUCACAGUCCGCAACUGCGAUGGGCAUUGCAAUGGAAAAUGGGAGUGGUGGUAUGGUUUCUGAUCUCACAUUUACUGGAGGAAAUAUUGGAUUCCUUGCUGGAAGUCAACAAUUCACAGCCAAGAACUUGCAGUUCACAUCUUGUUUGACAGCUAUCAAACAACAGUGGAAUUGGGGCUUUACUUGGAAAAAUAUUUAUGUUCUGUCCUGCUAUAUUGCAAUAGAUUGUACCAGCUACUCUGGCAUCACAAAUCAAGGAACCGGAUCGAUCACAGUUCUAGAUUCUCAUUUCAACGGAGUCCCCUAUGCUAUCACAAUAGCGAGUCUCGGCAGUGAACAGCCGAAUAUCGUCCUUGACAACCUUCUGGUCGAGAACUCUGCUUCUGUCGUGCUCAUCUCAGGCGGCGCAACUAUUCUUGAGGGAUCAUCUGGCCCACUUUAUUUCAACUCUUGGGCGAAUGGAUAUCAGUAUCUACCAGAUGGCACUGGCGGCAAACGAACCGGAUUCAUCGACCCGGCCCCAAGUAAAUCUCCCGGCUUGCUGGACAGCAGUGGCGCUUACUUCGAACAAUCUAAACCACAAUAUCCUGCCACAAACCCAAUUGUUGCCACUCAGAACGGUAUUUUGAAUGAUGGCACUGGCGAUCAGAGUGGCCCUAUCAACACUUUCCUCGCAAACAAUGUAGGAUCUAUACUCUUUUUCCCGGGAGGUAUUUAUCAAGUACAAAAUACGGUAAAAAUUCCGGUAGGAAGUAUCAUUACUGGCUCAGGAUGGUCACAAAUCAUGGGAACUGGUUCUUUCUUCGAGAACGCUGCUAGUCCUCAGGUUAUGGUCCAAGUCGGCAAAACUGGAGAUACGGGGAUAAUUCAAAUUUCUGAUAUGCUCUUUACGGUCAAAGGUGCUACGGCCGGUGCGAUAUUGAUGGAGUGGAAUGUGCACGAAAGCACUCAAGGAAGUGCUGCGAUGUGGGAUUCCCAUUUCCGAGUCGGAGGAGCUGCAGGCACUAGCUUACAAUUGUCUGAAUGCCCGUCGGGUGCCACAUCCGUCAACAAGAAUUGUAUGGCAGCUACUAUGCUGAUGCAUGUGACAAGCGAAGCAUCAGGCUACUUCGAGAACGUUUGGGCGUGGACAGCUGAUCAUGAUCUCGACAACCCUCUCAAUGCUGCCGCCACUGAGAGUGAUGAGGGCAUUCCGCUAAAUGUUGAGACAGAUAUCUCUAUUUAUUCAGGCCGAGGUAUACUCAUCGAAUCUCAAGGACCCACGUGGUUCUACGGAUCAGCUAGCGAGCAUGCGCAAUUGUAUCAGUAUCAGUUGUCGAACGCAUCAAACAUCUAUUUGGGUCAUAUGCAGACCGAAACACCUUAUUAUCAGCCUAACCCGAAUUCUUUGAGUCCGUACACCAUAGGCCAGUUCCCAAGCGAUCCGACAUUCGAGAACUGUGCAGACGACACUUGCAGGGGAGCAUGGGCCCUUCGUGUCAUUGAGUCUUCGAAUGUCUUCAUCUACUCUGCAGGAUUCUACUCAUUCUUCCAGAAUAACCAAUUGGGUUGUGCUCCAGAGGAGGAUUGUCAGCUCGCGUUGAUUGAUACCAACUUUGUAUCCGGUCUGUGGAUUUACAACAUUUUCACUAAAGGCAACAUUCAGAUCGUCUCUCCUCAGGGCGGCCUACCACCCCUGAUGUUUAAUUCAACAACUAGUGACGGAUACACCAGUGAGAUUGCAGCUUGGCUCGCACUUUCAACCGGAGGCAACUCCACUGGUGACUCCGGAUCUGGAUCAAACAUUGUGACCAUUGAUCCGACUCUUUGGAGCGAACCGGCUAGUUCACAAACAGUAGCAUGCUAUCCUCCUUGCACUUACGUCUUCCCGCCUCUCACCCUAACCACGCCAACUACCUUCAGCUUUCCAAAGCUUACUACUGUCAUUACAGUUGGCUGGUAUUCGUCCACCACAGGUCUCGAGUAUGGCGAUACGUUGACGCAGACCUACUACGAAACAGAACUCGAUACGACCACCAUCAGUAUUCCAGCUGUUACGACAACCGUAAUUUCAUGGUUUGACGUGACUGUCACAAGUAACUCGACAAUAAUUUAUCCAUUCCCCAGCAUUGUCCCACCUGGAUUCAACAUCACCGAUCCUACAGUGAUCAGUGGAGUCACUCAUUCCCCAACUAACCGGACAUUCUUCCCGCCUCCGUGGCCCGGCUCUACAGUCCCUCCGGCAUUCACCGUCUCGCCCACAUCUGGCACUCCAACAACGACUACCCCUCCUGGUGGCGUAACAUCUGUCCAUCAUACAAGAGGGCCUCCAAGCCCGACUUGUACCCAUGUUCUUGGCUGUGGACACUCUUGUGGGCAGGGAUUGUUUGGAUUUCUCGACAUUUGUAGCCCUUGUUGGCUAUUCUGUACUGGCCCACCAGGUCUCGACGGUACAGAUCCCAAUGAGCCUGAGGGCGACCCUGAGCCCGAGCCAGAACCAGAACCAGACGAUGAGAACACCACAACUGAAUGUCAAACAACGACAUUCAGUUCCUGCAAUACUUUAUGUACAGCUGUAGCUACGACUAGUUCAUGCUCAACUUCUUGCAAAGAGGUCAUCGGAUGUAGCACCACGUCAGGAGAUAGCUCCUGCCUCGCGGGCAUGACGUCCUAUCUCUGGACUGCCGGCAGCGGCCCACUGCCCACCAUGGGUGCAGGAGGUCCUGGUCUUAUGUACGGCUUCACCUACAUCACAGGCUCCGAAUACACCUCUGUACCACCUAAUAGUGGAACCAUCAUCCCCACUACUACAUCAUCAACAUCCAAAACGACCAGCUCAAAAACGACCACCUCCUCAACCAGCACAUCCUCAACUCCCCCUCCCUCCCCCUCCGUCGAAGUCCUCCUCCUCAGCGUCUUCAUCGAAACCGAAGCCGGCGGCCCGACUCCCGAACUCGAAAACUACUGGGAAGAAUACGUAAACCCGAUCGGCUCCCCCCUUCCCAACCCCUGCAACACCGAUGCCGGCAACCAGCUCUCCCAACCUGGCAACGACGGCAUUUCGUCUUAUCCUUCGACUUUUGUGUUUACGUCUCCCGUGAAUGGGAUCACGGGAUGUACGUAUAUAAAUACCGCUGCGCCGAAGAGGGCGGUGGGGACGUUGACUUGUCCGGGGGUCUCGGUCAGUUGUCCUACUAUGACGGUUUCGAGUAGCUGUGCGGCGAAUCCGACGGUUGCCGCCGAGGGGGAGACGUAUUUGGUGAUGGCUUAUUGUGAAUUGCCGGCUUCGUAGAUGGAAGUAUGAUGUAGCUAGG